CCGGAAGUGGCUGUGGAGUGUGGAGGGGUACGCUGGCCUUUCUAGUUUCAAUACUGCUGAUUGAAAUCUGAGCUUCUCAGUCCACAUUUCUAUACGCGUAAAGCCUGAGGGUCACUACAGGCGUUGAAAUACCCGAACGUGCACCUCCUACAGCGCUUUCCAGGUCCUUCUGCCUGUGAGUGUGGUAGAAGUGGAGGAAGGGGCUGUGUGGACGCCUUUGAAGGCACAUCCUCAAAAUGCAGACAUGACUCAUCAGCAUAUCGUCCCCUGAGAAAACAAUCCAGAGCAGGACCAGGACCAGGACAACAUGGCUGCUUCUCAGAGGUCAUUGACCUUCAGGGAUGUGGCUGUAGAUUUCUCUCAGGAGGAGUGGGAGUGCCUGGACCCAGCUCAGCGGAAAUUGUACGUGGAUGUGAUGUUGGAGAACUACAGGAACCUGGUCUCCCUGGGUGUUGUUGUCUCUAAGCCAGUCCUGGUCCCCUUUUUGGAGCAAAUGAAGGAAUACUGGGAUGUGAAGGGGGAAAAAAUAUCUGUCCACCCAGCUAUGUCAUCUGAUGACAACCAGGCCUUGUUACGAAAGCCAGGAAUAGGAGAUUUAUUCUCUAAAAUAACACUGAGUACAUAUAAUGGAGACAGAAGUUACCAAUUCAAUGAACAUUGGAAACACUUUAAUGAAGAGCCAAAUCCUAAUAAACAUCAGAGAACCCAGCUUCCAGAGAACCCUUGUAAAGUCUUUAACCAAAAGUCAAAUCACAGUACAAAACAGAUUAUUUCUAUUGCAGUAGAAAAGACAAACAAACAAAGUAAAUAUAUAAAAUCUUUUAAGGAAUCUUCAAAUCAUACUCAAGAGAAUAUUCAUUCUGGGGAGGAAGCUUACAAAUGUAAUCAACAUGGGAGAAUCUUCAGUCGAAUAUUCAAUCUGAAUAGACAUAAGAAAAGCCAUACUAGUGGUAAACUCUACAAAUGUAAAGAAUGUGGUAAAACAUUUAAUUGGCCUUCAGGUCUUACUAUACAUCAGAUAAUUCAUACUGGAGAGAAGCCUUGCAAAUGCAGGGAAUGCAGCAAAGGCUUUUGCCAGUCUUCAAAACUUACUCAAUAUCAGAGAAUUCAUACUGGAGCGAAGUCUUAUAAAUGUUUAGAAUGUGGGAAACCCUUUAUCUGCCCCUCAGAGCUUACUAAACAUCAGAGAACUCACACAGGAGAGAAACCAUACAAAUGUAGAGAAUGUAGCAAAGCCUUUAUCCAGUCCCCAAACUUUACUGAACAUUGGAGAAUUCAUACUGGAGAGAAGUCUCAUAAACGUAGAGAGUGCAGCAAAGCUUUUAGCCAGCGUUCAGCGCUUACUCAACGUAAGGGAGUUCAUACUGGAGAGAAGACUUAUAAAUGUAGAGAAAGUGGCAAAGGCUUUAGCCGGUCCUCGACCCUUACUGAUGAUCAGAGAAAUCAUACUGGUGAAAAGCCUUACAAAUGUGGACAAUGCGGCAAAGCCUUUAAAUGCUCCUUAAAACUUACUCAUCAUCAGACUAUUCAUAGUGAAGAGAAACCCUACAGAUGUAAGGAGUGUGGAAAAGCCUUUCUGUGGUAUUCAUACCUUACUAAACAUCAAAUAACUCAUUCUCGAGAGAAGCCUUACAAAUGUAGAGAAUGUGGGAAAGAUUUCAAAUGGCAUUCAUAUCUUACUGAACAUGAGAGAAGAGUACAUACUGGGGAGAAACGUUACAAAUGUAGAGACUGUGGUAGAGCCUUUAUCUAUCACUCAGAACUUACUCACCAUCAAAAAAUUCAUAUUGGAGAGAAGCCUUAUAUAUGUAGUGUAUGUGCCAAAGCCUUUAAUCAGCAGUGGUGUCUUAUUCGACAUGAGAAAAUUCAUACUGGAGAGAAACCUUACAAAUGUAUAGAAUGUGGCAAAGCCUUUAGUGCUUCCUCAACCCUUACUGAACAUCAGAGAAUUCAUACGGGAGAGAAGCCUUAUAAGUGUAGAAAAUGUGACAAAGCCUUUAAUCAGCGGUGGUGUCUUACCCGACAUGAGAGAAUCCAUACUGGAGAGAAGCCUUACAAGUGUAGAGAAUGUGGCAAAGACUUUAGGGCUUCCUCAACCCUUACAGAACAUCACAGAAUUCAUACUGGAGAGAAGCCUUAUAAAUGUAGAAAAUGUGACAAAGCCUUUACCCAGCGUUCAAAACUUACUGCACAUCAGAGAGUUCAUACUGGAGAGAAACCUUACAGUUGUAAGGGGUGUGGUAAAACCUUUGCUUGAGAACAAAUCUCACUAAAAAGUAGGUAAUUCAUUCUUGACAGAAGUCUUGUAAGUAUAAAGAAUGGGGCAAAACUAACUCCCAUUAGCUUCUUACACAAACAUCAGAGAAUUUAUACAGGAGAGAAGCCUUAUAAAUGUACUGCAUGUGCCAGAGCCUUUAAUCAGCAGUGGUUUCAUACUAACAGGAGUGAAUUCACACUGGAGAAAAACCUUAUGAUGUAGAGAAUGUGGCAAGGCCUUUAACCUGUGCUCAAAACUUGCUCAACAUUGCAGAAUUCGUGCUGGAGAGUAACAAUAAUAAUGUAAAUAAUUUGGCACAAUAUUUAAUCUUUGUUCAAGCCUUGUUGAGCAUCAGAAAAAUAAGCCUUAUAAAUGUAACACGUGUUCCCAAGUCUUUAUCCUCAAUCAUAUUUCUGUCAACAUUUGAUCAUUAAUACUGCAUUGAAGACUAACAAAAAUAAUGUAGUCAAGGCCUUACCCAGGAUGCAAACCUUACUCAACAUUAGAAUUCAUACAAAAAAAAUACAAUCAAGAAGAUGAAAAGACUUUAUUCAGCAUUCACAGCUUAUUCAACACACAAAAAUUUAUAUUAGAAACUUUAAAAGUAAAGAAUGUGGAACACCUUAUGGCUGGACCUACAACCUCACUCAAUAUUCAGGGAUUGCACAUUGGGGAAGAACUCUACAUUCAUAAUAAAGGAUGAAAAACUUUUGUUCACAUUAUACACUUCACAAAAGCCCAAUUUAUGCCUUAAAGUGACUUUAAAGAUGUAAAGAAUUUGCAAAAGUUUGUAAUUGAAUAUGAAUUUUAAAAUAUCACUGAAUUCACAA